UUUGAGAGACCCGAAACGCGUUUCCGUUAGCCGUCGCUAGCUAAACAAACAUGGCUCUGCUACUUUUUCGGACAACGAACCCUUAUGAUACUUAGGCACGUAGAAAAAAGGGAAACAUGCAACAGAUAAAAAGCGUCAUGUUAUUUGAUAUAUGACACUUUAAUUUAAGAAAAGCGGUAUCUUUGUUUUAUUCGGCCCAGAGAAGCCCUUCGUAGCCGUGUUUACAUGCAGCUAACUCCAUAGUUGGCUAAUGGAAGCUAAUUGUAGCAAAAUGGACCUUGGAACAAUGUUGUACAACAAUUUAAAAGAUGUUACAUGGAGCACGACGUCCCUACCUUUAGACCAGCUGGUCAGUACAUAUAAGCUGCCCCAGAUUGUCAAACUGGAUAACGGCCAGUCAGUUGAAGGGCUUCGAGACAAUGACUACCUCUUGAUCCAUUCCUGCCGUCAGUGGACAACUAUUACUGCUCACAGUCUGGAGGAGGGACACUACGUGAUUGGGCCCAAGAUAGAGAUCCCUGUUCAUUAUGAAGGUCAGUUUAAGCUGCUGGAGCAGGACAGAGAUGUCAAGGAGCCUGUGCAGUACUUCAACAGUGUGGAGGAGGUGGCCAAAGCUUUCCCUGAGAGGGUGUAUGUCAUGGAGGAGAUCACUUUCAAUGUUAAGAUGGCUUCAGGGGAAUGUAAUGAAGACACAGAAGUUUACAACAUAACACUAAGUACUGGUGACGAACUGACUUUAAUGGGUCAGGCGGAGAUCCUUUACGCCAAGAGCUCUAAAGAAAAGUCGAGGCUCAACACCAUUUUCAAGAAGAUUGGGAAGCUCAACUCCAUCAGCAAGAUCGGCCGCGGGAAGAUGCCCUGCUUGAUUUGCAUGAACCACCGCACCAACGAGAGCAUCAGCCUGCCCUUUCAGUGCAAGGGCCGGUUCAGCACCUGCAGCCCGCUGGAGCUGCAGAUGCAGUAUGGCGAGCACACCAUCCGGAACAUCGUGGAGAAAACCCGACUCCCAGUUAACGUGGUCGUGCCCGGCACGCCGCCCCGCAACCAGUACGAUCUCCACCUCAUCCGUGAGGGCCACCGCUACAAGCUGGUCAACAUCCAGACCAAGACGGUGGUGGUGUGCUGCGUCCUGCGGAGCAACAAGAUCAUCCCCACCCACUUCCCCUUCCACAUGGCCAUGCCGAGAUUCAUCGUUCCGGAAGAGCUGCUGCAGGGAGAGCUGUGGCUGGAGACCAUGGUGCACCGCUGGUUUUCCUUCUGCCAGGAGCAGUUCGACAUUGACGACUACUCUCGGGCCGUCCGGGACGUGCGGGCCGACUGGAACGAAGACGGCAGUAGCCCGAAGAAAAGCAGCGGGAACGGCAGCUGUGGAGGGAACGGCGGGAGCGGCAGCUCCAACGGGUGUCCCGGCCACAAGCAGGUGCCCAGCUCGUUGACGUACGCCAGAGACGAGCUCACGCAGUCUUUCCACCGACUUUCGGUGUGCGUGUAUGGCAGCAAUCUGCACGGGAACAGUGAAGUCAACUUGCAGGGGUGUAUGACGCUGUGCGGAGACUGGGCUCUUCCGCCUUCCGACGGCAGCCAUUCAGAAUCCGGAGAGAACGAGCAUCUGUUCCCUGAGCUGUCGGACUUCACAAGCCAACAUGCCGAUCUCAGCAAGUUGGACGUUCCCUAUGAGGAACUGUGGUUGGAUCACCUGAAAAGGCAGAGCCCAAAGCCUUCCUCAAGUGAAGGCGUACGAGUCGCCAACGAUGACUGUGCGACAACGGCCUCACUGUAUCCAGUCACAUGUCCUCUUGGUGCCAGAACCAGUUUGGACGUUCCACUUACUCCGCCACCUGUCCCACCAAAGUCUGAAGCUGUGAAGGAGGAAUGUCGUCUUCUGAACGCUCCACCCAUUCCUCCCAGAAGUAUGAAGCAACUACCGUCGGUGCCCAUCCCGUCGAAGCCCCGCCAACAGGACACUCGGUCUCCAAGUCCAACGCUUUCCUAUUAUUCCUCUGGUCUCCAUAACAUCAGUGGAGCAACUGAGCAAGAGGGAGCCGAGCUACAGGAGCAAAGUCACGUCUGCUACCCCUGCAGCUGGGGUAACGCCAGCACUACGGAGAAAAGAGCCACUUCGCCCAGCGGAGGCCCGCCGUUGGAAGGUGUGUCGUCCCGUCUGUCUUGGCCUAACAACUUUAUCGGAGGAGACGCUCACUGCACGGACGAGUUCGUGCCUGUGAGCUGCCGGAGCUACUUCAGCUACCCCAGAAAGAGGACCCCGAGUUCCUCGAAAACCUGCGCAAUCAGUCUGGACGACUACGACGGCCGAGAGCUGGCAUGCCGCCGCGGGGAGUUCAGCUUGCAGAAAGGCCCCACGGACCAGAUCUGCAUUAAAUCUUCAAGCUACAACUCGGAAAUGUACCGGAACAAGCCUAUAGAAGAAUCGAACACUAAGCAGAGCUUAUCCUGCCCAAUUUUACCACCAAGAACACCUAAAUCCAACGCCAUCAAGAAGUGCCCAGAUUUCCCGACGGAGUCCGUCUCUGACGAGUCGCAGCGAGCCGCCGUUCAAACCGAGCCGGGCACCAACGAGAUUUGUUCCAGCUCUGCAACUCUAAACUGUCCCUCCGUCUCUCCCACCGCGCAGUGGCAGCCGCCUUUGAACUUGUCCGGCAUCUCCAUCGAAGAGGUGUCCAAGUGUCUGAAGUUCAUCGGCCUGCCCAACGACAUAGUCUCCCUUUUUGUGUCCGAGAAGAUCGACGGGAAUCUCCUCCUGCAGCUCACCGAGGAGAUUUUGUCAGAAGACUUCCACCUAAGCAAGCUGCAGGUGAAGAAACUCAUGCAGUUCAUAAACGGGUGGAGACCCAAGAUAUAACGGUAUGAAACACUAAAUCUGGUUGUAAAAGCUGAGAACAUAAUGCCUUCAAGUAUACACGCUAUGCACAGCGAGCCGCAAGCAGGCUUGGGAUUUUUCUUUGAUAUGUUGAACUUAUUUCCAUCGCUUCGUCGCGAGAAACGAACCGCGGUUCGGUCGUUUCUUCAAAACCCUUGGACUGUCCGUGACUUUAACUGAGUGAAACAAAUAGGCACUUUCAUUAUAAGGCGUUUAUUAGUGUGUUUCCAUCCACAACCCACUAAUUGUUCAUGACAAAAAUGUUUUUAUUAGAGUCAAAUUAAAUACAAACGAAAACAAAUGUGAAGAGCUAUAGGAUGCUAGAAUCUUAAACUAUUAAGAUUUUUAAGAGCACAAAUUACAUGCCUGUCUAAAAAGUAGCGUAAAUAAUUUUUUUUUUAGAAUAAACAAUGUUUUUUUUAACUAAAUCCAAAAGUACAUUAUUCACUAAUUAUAGGGAAAGUUCGUGAUUUUAAGCAGUUUUGUUGCAAUAUAAGAAAAACUUUUUAUCUUACCUGCAAUAGCCAACUUUCACUGUGUCUUCAUUUAGUAUAAUUUUAUGUCAAAUUUUCAGUUCAGUCUAUUUUAUUCAAAAUGGCAGUGUACAUAAAAAAAGUAAAUGCAACACAAUUCCAGUUUAGUUGGUCAUCGAAUCAAGAGCUAAUAGCUAGCCAGACUAAAAUCUUUAAUAAAAAAUAAAGUCAAUCCAUGUUAAUAUGUCAUAAUAAGCUAGUUAACAAUACUAAUGUUGCUGUUACCCAUGUUGCAUCGCUUGAAAGUUAUUUAAUGCUAGAAAUAAAGCUAAUCUUUAAUUUUUGUACAGAAGUUGUGCUCUCUGUGGCCUUCUAUAUAUUUAAAAUAAUUUUUUUGUUACUUGAAUUUUAGACACAAAAUGAAAAAAUAAAUGAUUUCCAAUAAUACUUUAUGAUCUCAGCUCACCCAUGUUUUCUACAUUCAUUGUCUAUGCAGACUGCUCACUUUUCUGCCCAUUGUUAUUAUCCAUAUAUGGUACUCACUUCCUGUUUUUGAGAGUGAUGUAGCUACAAAUAAUUUUUGUCAAAAAGUGCUUUUGAAAUUUAUCUGCUUUGAAAAAAACAAAACAAGAGAUUUUACAAACAUUUAUGCUCUUGAACAAGCAUUGAAGCUCCAGCCUCCACGUCCAACUAAUCAGAUUUUAUGCUAAAUGAAGACACCAAAUGAGUUAAUCUGCUGCAGGUAGGAUAUUAGCUGAACCUCGCUUCAGAAAUCCUGAACUGUCUCUUUAAUAUUUUGUUGGAGAAGCACCAAUAGUAUUUACGUGUCUGUAGUAUUUGUUUCGUAAGGACAGGGAUGCAAAAAGAAAAAGCUACUGUGCAAGUCGAAACAUAAAACAAAAAAAAUUGAUUUAUGUUUAACUUUAUUGUGUUGCCUGUUUUAUUUGAUACUUUUUAACUCGGUUUUAGCGGCGGUCUGCAGCAGUAGUUUGUUUUUGUUUGUAUUUUUACUCCAUGUUUAAAAUACAGGGAGGUUUUUAAGCUCAUCCUUCAGCUUUUUUCGGUACUGUAGUGGAGUUCAGGUUUCUUCGGAAAAUCAUCAGCUCUGGCAUUAAGUUACUAUGAAAAAAAUGUGUGAAUAAAUGCGAAAUGAACAAAAACAUGCAUCACAGAAAAGUAUUACAUGCAAGAAUAUUGGUUCAUUCUUGGUUUGAGAAGCUUAAUCGUUUAGUGCAUAUAAACCCAACCUCACUUUGUUUUCGGAAACGGGAAACACACUAAUCUUUUAUUAUGCAAAUCUUGUUUCCGUUCGAUGCAGUACAAAGGUUGUAACGAAUUCCACCGACGUAAAGCGAGUGGAAUUCUGUCCCAACUCCAAAGCGAACAUGGAGCUGAGGCACGACGCUGUUCAUCAACAAGGAUAAAUUAUGCAUCAUGCACUUUGGCAGAUUAUACUUUAAUAAUGCAGUCGAUUUUAAGCGUAUUGAAGUGUCUUUUUUUUUUUCUUUUUUUUUGCGAGUAAAUGCACUAGAUGUUUUUUGUUUUGGUUUGUUUUUUUCAAAACGGCAAUGGUACGUCUGUUUUCUCGUCACUGUUUGUUCCAAAGUGUCCUCUAAUGCAAAGAGUCUCUCAGCGCCUUAACCGAAAAGCCCUUAAAGAGGUUUAGCAGUUUUAAUUCUGGCUCCAUGUUUCGCCAGUUUUUCUCAAGAUGAUGUUGACAGACCUCAA